AUGCUAAAAAUCAUUAUCCCAACUACAAUACUACUCCCCCUAACACUCCUAUCCCCUCCCAAACAUAUAUGAACUAACAUCACCCUACACAGCUUCCUAAUCGCCAGCAUCAGCCUCCAAUGACUAACCCCCACAUACUACCCAAACAAAGGCCUGACCCCCUGAACCUCCAUUGACCAAAUCUCCUCCCCAUUACUAGUUCUAUCGUGCUGACUACUUCCACUCAUAUUCAUAGCAAGCCAAAAUCACCUAGAACAAGAACCUACCACCCGCAAACGAAUCUUCACCUCAACAAUCAUCCUAGCCCAAACAUCAAUCCUAUUAGCCUUCUCAGCCUCAGAAUUAAUACUAUUCUACAUCGCAUUCGAAGCAACCCUGAUCCCCACCCUAAUCCUCAUCACACGAUGAGGAAGCCAACCAGAACGCCUAAAUGCCGGCAUCUACCUCCUAUUCUACACCCUCGCCAGCUCACUCCCCCUGCUAAUUGCAAUCCUUCACCUACAAAACCAAAUCGGCACAUUAUACCUUCCAAUACUUAAACUCUCACACCCCACAUUAAACAACUCAUGAUCAGGCCUAAUCGCAAGCCUAGCCCUCCUACUGGCCUUCAUAGUGAAAGCCCCCUUAUACGGCCUACACCUCUGACUACCAAAAGCCCAUGUAGAAGCCCCAAUCGCCGGAUCAAUACUACUAGCCGCCCUGCUCCUAAAACUAGGAGGGUACGGCAUUAUACGAAUUACCAUCCUAGUAAAUCCCCCAUCAAACAACUUACACUAUCCCUUCAUCACCUUAGCAUUAUGAGGAGCACUAAUAACCAGCGCUAUCUGCUUACGACAAAUCGACUUAAAAUCACUCAUCGCCUACUCAUCAGUAAGCCAUAUAGGACUCGUCGUAGCCGCAACAAUAAUUCAAACCCAAUGAGCAUUCUCAGGAGCAAUAAUCCUAAUAAUCUCACAUGGACUAACCUCCUCAAUACUAUUCUGCUUAGCCAACACCAACUACGAACGAACCCACAGCCGAAUCCUAUUACUCACACGUGGACUACAACCCCUAUUACCACUCAUGGCCACCUGAUGACUUCUAGCUAACCUAACCAACAUAGCCCUACCCCCAACAACAAACCUAAUAGCAGAACUAACCAUCGUAAUCGCACUAUUCAACUGAUCCUCCCUCACAAUCAUCCUCACAGGAACCGCAAUCCUACUCACCGCCUCAUACACCCUCUACAUACUCAUGAUAACCCAACGAGGAACACUACCAUCUCACAUCACAUCAAUCCAAAACUCCUCCACACGAGAACAUCUACUCAUAGCCCUACACAUAAUCCCCAUAAUACUACUCAUCCUAAAACCCGAACUCAUCUCCGGAGUACCCAUAU